ACGAAUCAUCGACAGCCCAAGACAAUGAAAAGGUCAACUGUAGAGUUAAACAAACCAGGUCCAGAACUGACCAUCCCCAGUGAGUACAGCGUGACGCAACUUCCGGUCUACUGUGACGUCAGAGAGUCUCUGGCACCGGUGAUAUUCUUCAUGAAACUUUUUGGCCUCUACCACGACUGGGAGGGCUACUACCCUAACACCGUCGUGCCACAAUUAGACGAAGAAAAUGUUCAAACCCCACGCCAUAGUGACUCCAAUGCCACCCUCAACCCCUCAACCUCCAAGUUUUCAUCCCCAUCAUUAAAACCUGAAUCCCAGAACCGGAUGCGUCUGGCCUCCAAAUGUUACUGUAUAUUUGUCAUCGCCCUGCUGACCUACAACACCAUCCGGUUCCUGUAUUUUUUCAUCCAAUCAAAGACAGUGGGUCUGCUGUUUAAUGUAGUGGUCCUCAACUGGUAUGUCCAAAACCUGGUUAGUGUCCUCCUCUAUCUCAUGGCGUGUUGGAGCAAAAGUUUUUUCAGGGCGUUCUACAAACAAUGGAAGGAUUUGUUUAACGAUCCAAUCACACGAGACCUGGGGUUAGAGGUCACCAACUGCCGGACUGCCAUCGUUGUCAUGACAACCAUAGGUCUGCUCUUCAUGGUGGUCAACAACUGUGGCGUCCUCUUCACCUUUUUUUACACAGAGCUGUCCGUCCAGCCAGUUCUGGAAAAACUGUUAACUGACCCACUUCCUGUGACCAUCUGGAGCCAGCUGCUGGUAGUUUUGUUACACAUCUUCAACUCGGGCUGCUGGUCUUUGACCACAACAUUUGUUUUGUGUGCGGUCCAUUUAAUUGCCGCACAUUUUAAAAUUCUCACAAAAGUUCUACAAACUCACAUAGAAAAGUCCGCCACAAGCAUACCGCCACAGCUAAAAGAAUUACGGACAUGCCACUUAAGACUAUGUCGUCUGCUAGAAACACUGAACGGAUUCCUUAAAUAUUUUGUGACCAUCACUUACCUGGCCACCAUCAUCGGCUGCUGCUUCCUCCUGUACAUGCUGAUCUACUCCAAGCUGGAGGUCUUGUUUAUAGCCAUGGUCGUCUUCUGGCUGACCUCGAAUGUUCUCAUAGCUCUGGCACUGUCUGUUGGUCUGUCGCAGGUUCACGAGGCUGCCCACGAACCAUUGGAGGAACUAUUUAACAUACAAGCGGCUGAUGAAGCUGAUACUACACAGGCCAUACAGUUGCAGCUGUUUCUAUCUAAGUUGACUGGCACGUCUAUAGGGGCUACAGUUCUUGAUUUGUUUACAAUCACCAAGGAGGCGCUGCUUACAAUCGCAGGGGCUUACUUGACGUAUUUCCUUCUAUUGAUACAGUUCAAUCCAUGAUGUUAUAGUUCAACCCAUGAGGAUACCGAGCUACAUUUUCUGGAAUAACUAACCCUUAAUUUGCAUACUUUAUCCAAUG